AUGCUGACAGCGACACCCGCGAGUCAUACAAGGACCACCAACACCAUCGAGAUCGAUGGCCCGCAACUGGAGCAUGGGUCGAAAGCCAAGGCUGCAGAUGUGAUCUCGCUGACGGACCAGACGAACCUCCUUCCCUUGAAGAAAGUUAUUGCGGUCUUCUGUGGUCUCUCCUUGUGUAUCCUUGUAUCGACUCUGGACUCAACGAUCGUAGCCACCGCUCUACCCACCAUCUCGGAUGCAUUCAACGCUGGUUCCGUCGUGUCCUGGGUACCCUCGGCCUACCUGCUCACGUCGACUGCCUUCCAGCCGCUCUAUGGCCGGUUCAGCGACAUCUUCGGUCGAAAGGCUAGUCUAUGCCUGGCCAUGCUACUCUUCAUGCUUGGCAGCAUUCUCGCAGGCUUCUCGCGUUCCAUAGUGCAACUCAUCAUAUUCCGCGGAAUCGCCGGCGCAGGUGGCGGCGCCAUCGUGAGCGUUGGUCAAAUCGUCAUCUCCGAUGUGGUGACCCUACGUGACCGAGGCAAAUAUCAAGGUAUCAUUGGUGUCGUGGUCGCCUUUGGCUUUGCCAUCGGCCCGCUUAUUGGCGGUGCGCUGGCCCAGAAGGUCAACUGGAGGUGGUGCUUCUGGGUUACGCCCCCUAUAUCGUUUGUGGCGAUGUGCGCCGUGCUGCUGGUGCUGCCUCUCAAGCCCGUGGAAGGCAACCUCAGGAGGAAGCUCAUGGUAGUCGAUUACCUAGGAGCAGGGCUCACCCUUGCGGGUUGUACGCUGCUGCUCUUACCGCUUAUCUGGGGCGGCGUCACAUUCCCGUGGACAUCUGCGGUGGUCCUCGCCCCUCUGUUCUCAAGCUUCCUGGUCGUGUCUCUCUUUUGCUUCUGGGAAUGGAAAGGGGCUCGCCUGCCGAUCGUUCCAAUGUACAUAUUCAAGCAUGUGACCGUCACCGGAGUCUACAUAACGAUGUUUGUCAACGGGAUGAUCUUCUACUCCGCACUGUUCUAUCUGCCGCAAUUCUUUCAAGUCGCCCUAGGAUACUCCCCCAUCCGAUCCGGUGUGUUUCUCUUCCCUGUGCUCGUCAGCCAGACGACUGCAAGUUUCAUCGCGGGACAACUCGUCAGUAGGACCGGACGUUACAGAACCAUCAUCCAUACGGGAUUCUCGGUUUGGGCUAUCGGAUGUGGAUGCCUUUCCACGAUAGAUAGCACGACCCCGAAAGGGCUGCUAAUAUUCUUCAUGCUACUCUCGGGUCUCGGAGCUGGGCAGACGUUGCAAACGACAACUGUGGCGGCCCAAGCCAGCGUGUCACGUAAGGACAUGUCCGUCGUGACCGCAGUGCGAAACUUUGCGCGACUCCUCGGAGGCACACUCUCCCUCGCUCUUGGAGCUACCAUUAUCAACAACUCUCUCCGAACCUCGAUGAACAACCUCGGUCUUUCCGAAUCUGCCAUCAAGGCAAUCAUCGACGACCCCACCGUCCUCGGCGACCGCCUCUCCUCCGCUUCUUCCAGUAAGCUCACCUCGCUCGGCAUCUCCGACGGGAUGGCCAUCACCAUCCUCGAUGGCUACACGCGCGGCUUCCGCACGCUCUUCAUCAUGAACGCAUGCCUCGCAGCGACAGCGACACUUGCGAGUAUAUUCAUGAUCCGGCACAAGGAACUUACGAGGGGGGACGAGGUCCGUUUGCAGGCGGAGGCGCGUGCCGACGAGAAGGCGGCCGAGAAGAUGGAUGUAGUGCCAGUGGGGCAGGGGCAGGACGUCGAGAUGGGUGUGUUGUGCUCAAAUGAUACGGAUAGAAAGGAGCCUGUGAACAGAGCGUAG